AUGGCAUCCCGUCAUCUCUGGCCUUUGAUCACGAGGCUGCGGCAGUCGGGUGCCAGUGCCUCCGCUCGGCCCUGCGCACUUCUUGAAGCCUCUGGCGUUCUGUCCACCGCAUUCGACACUCGGUGGAUCGGCAGCUCCGCCUCAUACAGCGCCAGGGUGCGGCGAACAGGAAGAGAUCUGGUUCCCAGGCAAGCAGGAGAUGUGGCAGCCGAGCCUGGCACGGCUGUGGAGCCCGCCGCCUCCCCCUCACUCAACCUGCCAGCCAUUCAGGCGGUGCUGCAGCACCCAGCGCUGGUGGUCACCCGCCCCAUCGAGUGGGGCACGGUCCUGCUGGGGUUCGAGCAGGCCAACCGAUACACGGUGUGCGAUGAGGCAGGGGCCGUCGUGGCCCAGCUCAUGGAGGAGGAGGGCUCCAUCGGGCGAGCCAUAGGGAGGCAGCUGCUGCGCACGCGCCGGCCAUUCACGGCCACCGUGCUCAGCGCCGAUGGGUCUGAGGUGCUGUUCCGCAUCCGCCGCCCCUUCUACUUCAUCAGCUCGACCAUGUACAUUGAGGACGGGGCUGGGGAGAAGCUGGGGGAGGUUCAGCAGCAAUGGCACCUGUGGCGACGGAACUACGCCCUCUUUGUCGGCAGUCGCCAAUUCUCAGCCAUUGGCGGGGGCUUCCUCGCCUGGGACUUUGAGCUGAAGGACGAGGCUGGUAACACCAUGGCCCUCAUCGACCGAAAUUUCCAAGGCUUUGGGAAGGAGCUGUUCACGGAUGCCGGCAAGUAUGCCAUCCACUUUGGGAGCAGUCCCGCAGAUGCGGCCCGUGAGCUUGCCACGGCGAUAGAGGCACAGCACCCCGACCGGCCGCCGCCUUCGGUCACCGCGCUCGCUCGAGUGCGGACUGAUGUCCAGGUCAUUCCCACCUCCACCGGGAACCAGCUGGUGGUGCAUCGGCCACUCAAGCUCACAGAGCGCAUGAUUGCCCUCGCAGCUGCCAUUACCAUAGACUAUGACUACUUCUCCAGACAUUCCAGUGGCGGCGGGGGCCUCCUCUCGCCCUUCAUCGUGCCGCCCAUGAUCCCCUACCCCAUGCCCGGCGGCGAUGGCGGCGCCGGUGCCGAGGGCUCGGCAGAGGGCGACCCCGGCAGUGGCGAUGGGCCAGGUGGGCAAAUGGCGUCUGGGAGUGGGCCAGACCCCGGCUCAGCUGGCGAACCUUUAGAGAGGGACCUGGGCGGCGGCGGCGAUGAGUGGGGCGGAACGGGCGACGACGCCUGGGACGGUGCCGAGUCUUUGGAUGAGGAGGGCGGGGGCGGCUUCUUCGACUCCCUGUCCGACUUCUUCGACCCUGACGAGUAG